AUGACGGAUGCCUGCAGUCUGCGUGAGUUCCUGAGUCACAUCAGCGGUAGCAAGGGGGCACGGCUCAAAGGCGAGCCGUAUGACGGAGAAGAGCUCCACGACUUUCGCAACAAGCCACUUUUUGGGGCAGGCCUAGAGAAUUCGGCCGACUUUGAUGUGGACAAGACUGCAAUGAACAUGCUCGACAAAGAGAUUGGCGACAUCCAGUGUCCACCUUGGUGCAAAGUCAAAGAUGGUAAAUUUCUUUACUUGCCUUCUCUUGAGACUAUUGCCAUGCGCGUCGGCGCCAUCAAGGCUACAAUGUCGGUCGAAGAGCUCGAGAGCAACAAGAGCCUGUUUCAUCGCCUGGACACCUGCGUGGAUGGCGUCAUCACUGACAGGAGGGCUGAUAUGUCCAGGUAUCUGAUACCACAUCUGAGAAAAGCGGUGAAGGGCGUCCACCCCAUUGCCUUUCGGUCAUUGCUUGGGAACAGACAGCUGUUCCUCUACGGCAAGACGAUUCAGGGCAUCAGAGACUCGGUACAGGGCACCGGCGCCAACGCGGAAUCGUUUUUUAGGAAUCGAAAAAAGAUAUUGGAUAAUGCCUGGGAGGAGUAUAUGGGAACGAAAAGGGCAUUGGAGCAUAAAGCACCAAUUGAGAAAUGGGGCGUUCUCACGGCUCGCAUGUUUCCAGUCAAGGGCUGCGAGCAGCGACCAGCAAAUUAG